CGCAGGGGUGCCACAGUCCACGAAGACUCGGACCUCGAAAGCGGUGAGAGCGUUUGCACACAAGAAGAGGAGGCCUUGCUACGCUCUCCGGGGGAUGCCAAAGGUGCUUGUUCGGCAUCAAAGAAAAGGCCUAGGGCAAAACCCAGUAAGGAGGGGUUGAAGGCUAAAGCCAUAUACAAGGCGGCGGUCAAAGUCCACGAGAGACUUAGCUGCAAGUCCAACUGGACGAAGGAAGAGGAGGAAAGGUUGGCUUGGGCUAAGGAGAAAAUGGAGGAAGGCCGGGCGUACUACGCGACAAGGCCACGAUUCACUGCCACGGAUCCGGGAUUCGCAAACCGGAUAGAGGAAGGAAUCGCGGCUAAAAGGCAGCGGUCAGCUGAAAGCGAGACAGCAAGGCCAGCCAAAAAAUCGAGGCGCAGAGACGACGCUGCAAAGCCAAACGUCAGGCUCGAUCUAGAGAGACCGACUACAUCGAGAGCGGCGGCAAUGGCCAGUGAGAUAGCCAGAAGACACCUUAUCGUGGCACUCAUAGACCGGAGCAAUCCGCUGGGACAAAUCUCUCAGGAGCGCUGGGGAGCAGUAGAGCAUAAGCUGCUGGAUGCGCUCGUCGCAAAAAUGGAUGGGGACCCCACCACGACCAUGCCAACUUUCGAUGGUGCGGGGUGGCUAAAUGGGGUGAAAAUAAUAAGAUGCAAGGACGAUCCCUCUCUACUAUGGGUAAAGGAAGCUGUUGCGACGCUUCAAGGCCUGUGGGAGGCCGCCGUCUUGGAGGUUGUGGACCGCAGCUGCAUACCAUCCAUACCGAAAGCGAAGGUGCUCAUACCCCGCACGGUAAAACCGGAGAAUGCGCUGCGGCUUCUGCAGAGACAGAACCCAGACGUGCCGACGGGAGAUUGGAGGGUGUUAAAGGUCACCAACUCCUGUAAGGAGGAUGGCAGCCAAAAUUACAUCCUCCAAAUCAACAAGCCGGCCGAAGACAUACUAUACGCUAGGUUCGGGAAGAUGGCGUGGGGCAUAGGUAGCGUAUACCUUCGCCUGAAGAAGCGAAGCCUGGCCGAUAACAAUGCUAACACGCUGGAGGAGCGAGAGGUCGAGAAGGAUCUGGGAGAGAUCCUGGAGGCCACCUUGAAGCUCCAGGAGACCGAGAAGGGCGAUCCGGAGAUUCUACCCGACCCCGAAAAGAAUCCUGAUCCUUGCAGUGAAGGUUCUUCAAAUAAAUCUGCAUAA